UAGUUAGGCACUCCUCGCCACCAUGGUGAUGAUCGCAGUGGUCCCGCUGUUCCUAGCGGCCCUGAUUCAGGGUCAAUGUCUGGGUUGUCCGUACGCGAGUGGGUAUGACUACUCGGCGCUGUACAGCCAGCAGUAUGCGCCCGCGUACUACCCCGCCGCCCCCGCGCCCUACCCCGCCCCGGCACCCUACCUCCCCGCCCCCGCGCCCUAUCUGCCCUACGCUGAACCAUACGGCUGCAAUUGCUGCCCGCCUCCACCGCCGCCGCCCAUCAUGAUCGAGCUCCCCGCCCCCGCGCCCAUCACCGUUCAGCCUCCGCCCUCCCCGCCCCUCUGCAUCUCCCCGCCGCCCCUGCCCCCGAUCACUGUGACCCCCCCGUGCCAGCCCCCAAUGUACGUGAACGUGCCCCCGCCGCCCCCCAUCACCGUCCAGCCGCCGCAGCAGCCGCCCAUGUACGUGACGCCGCCGCAGUUGCCCCCAAUGUACGUGGACUGCCCGCUGCCGCCGCCCAUCGUCAUCGAGCUGCCCGCGCCGCCGCCGAUCGUGAUCCAGCCGCCGCCGCUGCCCCCUAUCUGCGUGCAGCCGCCCGCGCUGCCGCCCAUGCCGGUGCAGCCGCCGCCGCCCGCGCCCAUCACCGUGCAGCCGCCACCGCAGCCGCCGCUGUGCGUGCAGCCGCCGCCGCCCGAGCCGCUGUGCGUGCAGGUGCCGCCGCCGCCGCCCAUGUACGUGCAGCCGCCCCCACCCGCGCCCAUCACCGUGCAGCCGCCCUCGCCGCCGCCCUUCUGCAUGCAGCCGCCGCCCGGCCCGCCCAUGUGCUACCAGCCGCCGCCGCCGCCCUCCAUCUGCGUGCAAACAGCGGCGCCGCCCGCCUACCCUGGCGGGUGCGGCUGCGGCUGCGGCUACCAGCCCUCCUCGCUGCCAGUCUACCUAUAAAAUAUUACUGUUCCCAAUAGAAUCUAUUAGAGAACAUGUUGAUUUGUUAAAUAACAUUUAAGUUCUUAAGUCAGGCUGAUCAAGUGUAAAUAAUUAUGUCUAGGUACGAUCUAGUGCUGUGAACGCAUACCUACCAAUAAAUGUACUAUAUUUUGUUA